AUUAGUUUUAGCUUAAACUCACCCCUUCUUCGUGAUUUCAUCAAAAUCCUUUCUUUAUUCGAGUGUGAACGGCGAAAACCUUAGAGAGAGAGAGAGAGAAAGUGGGUGGUGCGAGCUAUGGGGAACGCUUACUGUGUGUUUUGCGGGUGCAUAGACCAAGCCAGCGUAGGUGUGAUCGAGAAGUGGGGGCGCUUCGACCGCCUCGCUCAGCCGGGCUUCCAACUCUUCAACCCCUUCGCCGGCGAAUGCCUAGCCGGAAUCCUGUCCACGAGGAUAAACUCCCUCGACGUCAAAAUCGAGACUAAAACCAAGGACAAUGUUUUUGUUCAGAUUCAUUGUUCGAUUCAAUAUAGAGUGAUCAAAGAAAAUGCUGAUGAUGCCUUUUAUGAAUUACAAAAUCCUCAAGAGCAGAUUCAGUCAUAUGUUUAUGAUGUGGUCCGAGCCCAUGUUCCUAAAAUGACUUUGGAUGAGCUGUUUGAACAAAAAAAUGAUGUGGCUCAAGCUGUAUUGGAAGAACUGGAGAAGGUGAUGGGAGCAUAUGGUUACAACAUUGAGCACAUAUUGAUGGUGGAUAUAGUCCCUGAUCCUGCUGUUAGGAAAGCAAUGAAUGAGAUAAAUGCAGCUCAAAGAAUGCAGCUUGCAAGCGUAUACAAAGGCGAAGCUGAGAAAAUUCUUCAGGUGAAAAAAGCCGAAGCAGAUGCUGAGGCCAAAUAUCUUGGUGGAGUUGGGGUUGCAAGGCAGAGGCAGGCUAUUACAGACGGGCUUCGGGAAAAUAUUCUGAAUUUCUCACACAAAGUGGAAGGCACAUCGGCAAAAGAGGUGAUGGACCUUAUAAUGAUUACCCAGUAUUUUGACACGAUUAAGGACCUUGGGAAUGGGUCCAAGAACACAACGGUUUUCAUACCUCAUGGGCCGGGCCACGUUCGGGAUAUUGGAGAGCAGAUACGUAAUGGGCUUAUGGAGGCAUCAUCAGCACAGGUCAGCACUGACCUAAUCUAAAGCUGUUUGUCUGUGUGAAUAUGUGUUAUACACGACUUCGUUCUCGAGUGUUUUUAUGAGAUUCGUAUAUGGAGGUUUUGGGAAGAAAUAGUAAUAAUUCUGCGUUGUUUUACGAUGCGCCUUUGGAAAGUGGUNGUUAUUUUUGCAGACUUUUAUGUUU